CUGAGGCUCAGCACUGCGCUGCUCUCUCCCUGAACAUAACAAUCAUGGCGGACAGUGAAACCCUGGAGUUUGUAACGGAGCACGAGCGGAUCCUGCAGGAAAUCGAGAGCACCGACACGGCCUGUGUGGGCCCCACGCUCCGGUCCAUCUACGAUGACCAGCCCAAUGCCCACAAACGCUUCAUGGAGAAGCUGGACGCCAGGAUAAGGAACCAUGACAGAGAGAUUGAAAAGAUGUGCAACUUCCACCACCAAGGCUUUGUGGACGCCAUCACAGAGCUGCUUAAAGUCCGCGCGGAUGCAGAGAAACUGAUGGGUCAAGUGACGGACACCAACAGAAGACUACAGGAAGCAGGGAGGGAUGUAAGAGCUCAGACGGAGGAAGUGAUUCGCUGUCGGAUCCAGCAGAGGAACAUGGCCACCACGGUGGAGAAGCUCCAGCUCUGUUUACCAGUGCUUGAAAUGUACAGCAAGCUAAAAGAGCAACUGGAUUCCAAAAGGUAUUACGCUGCACUGAAAACCAUGGAGCAGCUAGAGAAGGUCUAUAUUCCAAGGGUCAGCCAUUACAGGUUCUGUCAAAUCAUGGCAGAAAAUCUGCCAAGACUGAGGGAGGAAAUCAAAGACAUCUCCAUGUCAGACCUAAAGGACUUCCUAGAAAGCAUCCGAAAGCAUUCAGACAAGGUUGGAGAGACGGCGAUGAGGCAGGCCCAGCAGCACAGAACCUUUAACAGCGCCGUGGCAAAGCAGCUCCACAUCGGCCACUACAGCAAGCCUGUUUACUCCCUGAGCCGACACACAAACACGCACCUCUCCAACGGCCUCUGGAGCAACGACGACACUGGAGACGACGAGGACGCCGAUGAAGAAAUCCUCACAGCUCAGGACCUGGUGGACUUCUCUCCUGUCUACAGGUGUCUCCACAUCUACUCUGUGCUGGGCGACAGAGAAACAUUUGAGAACUACUACAGGAAGCAGAGGAAGAAACAGGCCCGCCUGGUUCUGCAGCCACAGGCUAACAUGCAUGAAACGGUGGAAGGCUACAGAAGAUACUUCAACCAGAUUGUGGGGUUCUUUGUGGUAGAAGAUCACAUCCUCCAUGCCACAAGGGGGCUGGUGACCCGAGCUUUCACUGAUGAACUGUGGAACAUGGCCCUGUCCAAGAUCAUCGCCGUGCUCCGCACACACUCUUCCUACUGUGAAGACCCAGACCUGGUUCUGGAGCUGAAGAACCUGAUCGUUAUCUGCGCUGACACACUGCAGGGUUACGGUUUCCCAGUCAGCCGACUCUUUGACCUGCUGUUCGAGGUGCGGGACCAGUACAAUGAGACGCUGCUGAAGAAAUGGGCUGCUGUCUUCAGAGAGAUCUUUGAAUCGGACAACUACAGCCCCAUCCCAGUUGAAACAGAGGAGGAGUAUAAACUGGUGACCAGUCGCUUUCCCUUCCAUGAUCCUGAGAUCGAAAAGCAGGACUUUCCUAAGAAGCUGCCGAUGUCACAGUCUGUCCCUCAGAUCUACACACAGGUCAAAGAGUUCAUCUACGCAAGCCUGAAGUUCUCCGAGUCGCUGCACCGCAGUUCCACAGAGAUCGACGACAUGCUGAGGAAAUCCACCAAUCUGCUGCUGACCAGGACUCUGAGCAGCUGUCUGCAGAACCUGACUAAGAAACCGCACAUAGGGCUGACUGAGCUGGUGCAGAUCAUUAUCAACACCACUCACCUGGAGCAGGCCUGUAAAUAUCUGGAGGAGUUCAUCACCAACAUCACCAACAUUUCCCCUGAAACCGUUCACACCACCAGGCUCUAUGGCCUGUCCACCUUUAAGGAUGCUCGGCACGCUGCCGAGGGAGAAAUCUACACCAAGCUGAACCAGAAGAUUGACGAGUUCAUCCAGCUGGCGGACUAUGAGUGGAGCAUGGCCGAGUCCGACGGCCGCGCUUCAGGGUACCUCAUGGACCUCAUCAACUUCCUCCGCUCUACUUUUCAGGUUUUCACUCAUCUUCCGAAUAACAACAAUGACCAUGCGUCGAUGUCGGGGAAAGUGGCGCAGACGGCGUGCAUGUCGGCCUGUAAGCAUCUGUCCACGUCGUUAAUGCAGAUGCUCCUCGACUCAGAGCUCAAGCAGAUCAGCAUGGGAGCCAUUCAGCAGUUCAACCUGGACGUCAUGCAGUGUGAACUGUUUGCCAGCUCAGAACCCGUACCAGGCUUCCAGGGCGACACGCUCCAGCUGGCCUUCAUCGACUUACGACAGCUCCUGGACCUCUUCAUGGUUUGGGAUUGGUCCACCUACCUGGCCGACUAUGGGCAGCCGAACUCCAAGUACCUGAGAGUGAACCCAGCCACCGCUCUGGCUCUGCUAGAAAAAGUCUACCGAGGGUAGGUCACCGUUUAGCUG